AAAGGGGCGACGGUCCGCUCCACUACACUGAAGUAGGGAUGUCUACAGUGGAAGAAGAAGAAGAAGAAGGGGGAGGGUACCACUUUGUCACAGGCUGCUAUGUAGAUUAACCUUUCAAUUAGUUGUUAUCAGGUCCUCUCCAUGUCUCGGCGCGAGCUUUCCAGCCUUCGUUUUAAAGGAGAUCAAAUCCCCACCAAAUCGCUCGGAUAUGUCGCUUCACAUUUAUCCUUCGACGAUAAUGAAGAGGAGUAUCCGAGGGGGGGAAAAACUUGAAGAGAUUUGAGCUGGGAGUUUGACUAAACGCAUCUCCAGGUCAUCUGGUAACUACCCCUGUGGAAUUUACUAGUGCCAACUUUUCCUCAAGUUCAAUGUCAGACACCCAGGAUUGAGAAAGCAAUGUGUGGAUGCUGUCGUGGAACAUAACUUACUUGACCCUACCGAGGAUGUGGAUGUACCGAGUUUUCAGCAGCAGAAAGGGGGAAUCUUUAUGGAUCUCAUUUUUGUGAGGCUAAUUGUUCAACCAUGGUAAAACUUGCAAACCCUCUGUACACGGAGUGGAUUCUUGAAGCAAUACAGAAAAUCAAAAGGCAAAAGCAGAGGCCCUCGGAGGAGAGAAUUUGCCAUGCGGUGGCCACGUCGCAUGGACUGGACAAGAAGACCGUCCUUGAGCAGUUGGAAUUAAGCGUUCACGAUGGCUGUAUCCUCAAGGUUACAAAUAAAGGGAGCGCCUCCUACAAGGACCCAGGGAAUCCCGGAAGAGUUGGAUCAAUCUUGCCUGCAAACGCACCUGUGCCAUCAAAGGAAUCUAUGUGGAGUUCAAGCGAUCUGCGCCAUAUUGAUUGGAAUAAAAUACUUAAGAGGGCCAUCGAGGGCCUGGAUGAUACCCACGGCUCCUCGCUAAAGAACAUCGAGAGGUAUCUGAGGAACCAGGACGACCUCUCCAACGUUGUCGAUAACCCCGCGUUCAGGCAGAGGUUGCGGCUGGCGGCCAAGCGGUCGGUUAACAACGGCAGGCUGUUGAAAAACGGCCCGCGGUACAGGGUCACCCAUGGCGGCAUGGAAGGAAGGAGCUCCAGGUGUCCGAGUGCUUCCCCCUUGGUCCUGUCAUCAGUGACACUCCUCCCCCACGAGCGAGACCAGCUCCGGGUUGACCCCAUCCCUAUAUGCAGUUUCUGUCUCGGAACGAAAGAGUCAAAUCGGGACAAGCGGCCAGAAGAGCUGCUGUCCUGUGCAGACUGUGGGAGCAGUGGGCAUCCAUCAUGUCUGAAGUUUUCCCCUGAAUUAACCUCAAAUGUGAAGAGAUUACGCUGGCAGUGCAUAGAAUGCAAAACCUGCAGCUCCUGUCGAAUACAGGGGAAAAACGCCGAUGAGAUGCUGUUCUGCGAUUCGUGCGAUCGGGGCUUUCACAUGGAAUGCUGCGAUCCGCCGCUUUCAAGAAUGCCAAAAGGAACCUGGAUCUGCCAAGUCUGCAGGCCGAAGGAGAACGGGAAGAAGCUGCUGCACAAGAAAGCCGAUCAGAUCAAACGUCGAUAUGCAAAGCCAAUCGGGAGGCCCAGAAAUAAGCUCAAACAAAGAAUGUCUGUAACCAGUGGUGACGGCUCCAUGGUAGCACUUGGAGGAAGGGGGUCACCUGGUAGGGGUCAAAAGAUUACCGUCUGUUCCACACCUUCAUCUGGUCAUGCUGCAUCUGUGACGGACGCCAGAGACAGAUUGGCUGUUGCAGACCCUUGUUGUGCGGUCGACGCCUCCCAAUUCACCACUUCCACUCCCACCUCCACUCCCCCCCUCACGCCCACCUCCACCCCAGCUACACUCACUGUUAACAAGAAAACCAAAGGGCUUAUUGACGGGCUUUCCAAAUUCUUUACUCCUUCCCCCGUGGGCCGUCGCUCGCGAGCCGUAGCCGUAGAGUCGCCCGCCAAACAUUUAAGCUCUAGAGACAAGGGUCCGCCCAAACUCUCCAAGCCACCAGAGCUGUUUGCCUUUGCUGCUGACGCCUCUCAAAAGAUAACCCCUUCGUCCUCUGCACUUCCUCCCGCUUCCACGUUGCCGGGACUUAGCCCCCCGUUGCAGGUGUCAAGCAGCUCCACCUCUGCUAACUCGCCCCAGAGCUCUUCCAGCCAGUCUAGUGUUCCUUCCCUGAGUAGUCUCUACAAUAGCAGCCAGCUUAAGGGACUUUUUGACGGACUCUCUCACAUUUUUACUACUCAGGGACAGUCGCGGAAAAAGAGACUACCUUGCUACGCGCCGCCUAAGCGCAUGCCCCAUAAGCAGGAUGCGUCCAAAACGGGGCCCCAGCGUCUUGGGAAGAACGAGUUUAAUAGAAAUAGGUUACACUCCACAUCUGCUGGGCCGGGCCGACCCAGAGGACAUGCAUUUAAGAUGGUCAGUCAUUUCAAACGUAACCCUUUCCUUAAAAAGCACAGGACGCUAGGCAGGCUGAGGUAUAAAGUGAGCCCUCAGAAGGGAGCCCUCUCACCAGGAAAGGGAGACUUGACAGACGGAAGAAUUAAGCCUGAGAAUAAUCAUGGCCACAGUGACGAGCUGCGCGUGAAGCAGGAAGCCCGGGCGGACUUCGCGGCCAUGUCCAGGGACCACGUCACGGAGGAGGACGUCGAGACGUUCACGCGCGUCCAGGACCUCGCAGCUCAGAGAACUGGAUCUCUGAUGAACGCAGACUCCUCUCGAUGCCCCGCUCUCAUUGAAUUCGGGAAGUACGAGAUUCAGACCUGGUACUCGUCGCCGUACCCGCCAGAAUACUCGAGAUUACAAAAGCUUUAUCUGUGCGAGUUCUGUCUGAAGUACAUGAGGAGCAAAAACAUUCUCCAGAGGCACACAAAGAAGUGCGGCUGGUUCCACCCGCCAGCCAAUGAAAUCUACAGAAAGGACAACCUUUCCGUAUUUGAGGUUGAUGGAAAUGUCAGCAAACUAUUCUGCCAAAACCUCUGCCUGUUAGCCAAGCUUUUCCUGGAUCACAAGACCUUGUAUUAUGAUGUGGAGCCUUUCCUCUUCUACAUACUUACAAAGAAUGAUGAGAAAGGCUGUCAUCUUGUGGGCUAUUUCUCCAAGGAAAAGCUUUGCCAGCAGAAGUACAAUGUCUCCUGCAUAAUGAUCAUGCCUCAGUACCAAAGGCAAGGAUUUGGAAGGUUCCUUAUUGAUUUCAGUUACCUUCUCACCAGGCAGGAAGGACAAGCCGGCUCCCCAGAGAAGCCGCUGUCAGAUCUGGGUCGCUUAUCCUACCUGGCAUAUUGGAAAAGUGUCAUACUGGAGCACCUUUAUAAGCACCCAGAUAAACACAUCAGUGUUAAAGGAAUAAGCAGGGCCACUGGGAUGUGUCCGCACGACAUCGCCGCUACUCUCCAGCAGCUCGGCAUGAUUGACAGACAGGAUGGCAGGAUCGUGCUGAUCAGAAGAGAGCGAUUGAUUCAGAGGCACAUGGAGCGGCUGAGGGCGAACCCCCGUCAGAACGAGGUGGACCCGGACGCCCUGCGCUGGACGCCUUCCACCACCCUGAACGCCGUCUUGUCCGAGGAGGAGAGGGAGGCGGAGAUGGAUGCUGAGCGGCUGAAGGAGCAGGCCAGUUGCUGGGAGAAGGAGGAGAAAGAGGGCUACAUGAUGACUCACGGGAGCAGGCAGCCCCUCACCAAAGUCCACUGCAAGGUCCCCUACAGGACCUACGAACGGCGCCCCGCACCCUCCUGGGCCAGGCGCAUCCAGCACUCGGAGGAAGUGAGCGACGACGAAGCCGACGACGACGACGAAGACGACUCGGACGGUUCGGACGCCUCGGACGGAUCGCCGCCCAUCCUGACAAAAGCCCAUGCAAUGCUCGCAGCCAAGAGAAAGAGAACCAUUGUUCUCAAGAAGAGAGGGCGGAAAAGAAAGCGAAUAAACAGCAGCGUGACAACAGAAACCAUCUCCGAGACAACGGAGGUCCUGAAUGAGCCGUUCGACAACUCGGAGGAUGAGCGACCUAUGCCCCUGCUGGAGCGCACCUGCAGAGUGGGCGAGAUGGAGGAAGAGGAGGAGGAGGAGGAGGCGCGUAAGGUUAAGACGGCAACGACGCCAGUAAAACGCAGAAGAGGUCGCCCGAGGCUGGAGAAAAACGAGCCGAAAGACAAUCUCGAACAUUGGAAUGAAGGGGCUGACGUUCUUUCCAAGAGACCGUGCAAACCCCGUCCAGUGAAACGGAAGAAAGGCUGGCCCAAAGGAGUCAAACGCGGCCCUCCUAAAUGGAGGCUAAAGAACGAGCGGAAGAUGGGCUUCAAGCUGAACCUCUACACGCCCCCCGAAACUCCGAUGGAGGCGGAGGAGCACCACAUCCAGACGGAGGAAGCAAAAGUCGAACAAGAGCAGGAUGUUGUCAGCGCAGAUGAGGGCAGCAAAGCGGGCAAAGGCUCGGCGAAUCCGGACGCCACGCUGGAGAGGCUUCCCUCUGAACCGCCGAGUCCCGCUGACCACGUCUCCCACAAGUCGAGCUCCCCUGAAGUGUCCCCUGCGGCGUCUCCGGCCUGCUCACCCGCUGCCUCUCCGGGGGCCGUGUCCCCUACACCUGUGGACAGAAGUGAUUCCCCGCAACCGCCGGACGACGACGACCAGCGAGAGAGCGAACACGAGCAGGACUCGCCAGCCAAAGAUGUGGAGCACAGCGCGCAGGGUGCUGUGUCACUGGAGAAUGACAACGAGGAGGACGAAGAGGAGGAGGAGGAGGAGCAGAGGGCUCGUGUGGAGGAUCAGGACGCGGACGACGAAGACGACAGUCACAGCAAGGCGGUCGGAUCGGAGGGCGGCGCGGAGCAGUUGCAGCAGAGUUCGAAAGACGCAUCGAAAUGCACCCCGACUUUUUUAGAUCCGAAAGAAGACAAUGACUCUGAGGUGAGUCAGCAGGUUUCUACAGAUCUGUGCAGCAAAGAGGAACCAGCCACCGGUGUCGAAAGCGUCCAGAACGCCGAGACCGAAGCGGCAGCGGUUACGCCGCCGUCGGAAGCAGCGGCAGUCGCUUCGAUAGCGGCCGUGGACUCUGAUAAUCCCGCAGAAUCCGAGUCGGAGGAGGAGAGCACACCUAGUCCUUGUCCUGAUCACCCACCUCUUCCUUCCGCGGAGAAGCCGACGCUCAGCCCCGUGCUGAGGGACGAUCCCCCGGUCUGCCAGGAGAUCGACUCAGAGACGGCCCAAGCUGUUCAGUCCCUGACUCAGGAGACUGAAAGGGAGAACGUUUUCCAAGACUGUGUGGAGAGCCAGGAGCCCUGCAGGAAUCUGCAGCCCUAUGCCCACGUGGCUCAGAGCCCCCAGAUCACCUCCCUGGAUGACUGCCCCCAGUCAGACCACAGCAGCCCCCUUUCCUCCGCGCAGUCCCACCCCAGCCAGUCGGUACGCUCCGUUAACAGCCCGGCCGUUUCCAUCUUGGAGAGCAGCUACACUCAGAUCAGCCCCGACCACAGUGCCAUCUCCGUGCCCUCGCUCCACAACAUGGAGACGAGCCCCAUGAUGGACGUGCCGUCGGUGUCGGACCACUCCCAGCAGGUGGUGGACAGCGGCUUCAGCGACCUGGGCAGCAUCGAGAGCACCACGGAGAACUACGAGAACCCCAGCAGCUACGACUCCACCAUGGGGGGCAGCAUCUGCGGGGCAGGCCCCUCCCAGAACAGCUGUUCCUACGGCACCAUCCCCCCGAGCGGUCUGCCCCAGAGCAGCUGCGCCGUGAGCCAACAAAUGGCCGCCGUCAACCCCGGCAGCUGCGGCAUGAUCCAGCAGAAUAGCCUGAGCUCGCCGCCGCACUGCAACGUCAAGUCGCCGCAGGGCUGCGUGGUGGUGGAGCGGCCGCCGAGCAACAGCCAGCACAACCAGCACAGUCAACACAGCCAGCGCAGCCAGCACAGCCAACACAGUCAACACAACUCCCACAGCAGGCACGGCCCCCACAACCAGCACAGCCAACACAAUCAGCACGGUCCACACAAUCAGCUAACGCAGCACACGCAACACAAUCCCCACAACCAGCAUAGUCACCAUCACAAUCACCACCUGCAGCACAAUCAGCUCAGCCAGCACAAUCAGCACGCUCAGCACAGCCUCCACAAUCAACACAGUCAGCACAGCCAGCAGCAGCCCAUGGCACAGUGCGCCAUACCCACUAAUUUCACCACCACCAUGCAGCUGGCGGACAUUCCCGAGUCCGGCAACCCCAACUUCACCCUCUACGAGAGGAUCAACCACCAGGGGGAGUACAGCAGCGGCCACUACCCGCAGUCGUCCGGCCUCAGCCUGGCCAAGCUGCAGCAGUUCACCAACACGUUCAUCGACCACCCGCACUCGCUGCCUUUCAACCACUCCGCGUCGCACCCCAUCACAUCUUAUGCAAACACCCCGUCGCUGUCGUCGCAGCCCUCCGGCCUGGUGUCCCUGCCCCAGCCGGCGCACCGGGUGUCCAACCCGCAGGUGCAGGCCACCAUGACGCCGCCGCCGAACCUCAGCUCGCCGCCGCCCAUGAUGCUGCAGCGCAACAUGGGCAUCCCGCCCUCGCAACGGAUCCAGCCCCAAAUGGCCUCGAAGAACCACGUGUCCGCCCGCUCCAAGUCGGCCCCUCUGUCGCACCACCAGCAGCAGAUGUACGCCCGGCCGGCGCAGACCGUCGCCAUGCAGGCGCCGUCCCGGACGCUGGCCGCCAUGCCGCGCAUGAACAUGGGCAUGAACAUCAUGCCGGCGCCGGCCUACAACGUCAACUCCAUGAACAUGCCCUCCCUCAACGCCAUGAACGGCUACAGCAUGAGCCAGCCCAUGAUGAACAGCGGCUACCAUGGCAACCAUGCCUAUAUGAACCAGUCACCCCAGUACUCUAUGCAGAUGGGCAUGAUGGGAACACAGCCAUACCCCCAGCAGCCCAUGCAGGCUCCACCACAUGGCAACAUGGUGUACACUCCAGCUGGUCACCAUGGUUACAUGAACACAGGCAUGUCCAAGCAGUCCCUGAAAGGGCCUUUCAUCAGGCGGUAACUCCCCGCAAGGACUGAGCUGGUUUCUUCUUCACGUGCGUUUUUGUUGUAUAACGAUGCACAGAUCUGGCCUUGUUUUUAAUCCUCCUCCUUCUCCUCUUUCUUCUUCUCCUUCUUCUUCUUCUUCUUCUUCUUCUUCUUUUUUUGGUGUCUUUUUGUUAUUGUUUAUGACUUAAAAACCAGCAGCAGCACUUGGAAAGAAUGCAAAAAUUUUCAUCAGUGAGUAAACUUUGAAGCUAAUGUUAAAAAAAAAAAAAGGAAAAAAAGAAAAAAAAAAAGAAGUAUUUUUGUUCCUCCGGAUGGGAAGCCUUACAUCAUUACGAUGAAAAUCUAUUUAAUUAGUGUUAGUGUCUCUGAUGUGUCUUUAGGCCAGGCGGGUUCAGAGCUCAGAGGUAGAGAUUUCAUCAGUGGUCUUGCAGUCGUGUAGCAGCCUCAAAUGAAGCCAUUUAAUGUGCCUGCUACAAGUGGAGAUAGUGGCUGUUUGAACCUGUUCAGUGUACCUGUCUAACAGUGCUGACAAUUAGUUUGUACUAUACUCAUGCCUUUGUAUAUUUAAAUUAUUGUACUUAUUUUGUAAAGUGACAACUAGCAUGCUUCAGUCUCUGUUAGUGACAGUGCAUUGAGUAGUACUGUACAAGUGUUGUGCUUAAUAGCAAGCCAUUUUAAAAAUAUCUGGCCUUUAUUAGGUUUCCCCGCACGGGGAGAAAGAUGAAACUAUAUUUUGUUAAUUCUAAUAAUGUAAAAAAAAUGUAAACUUAGUCCUGUUUUUUUUUUUUUUUGUUCUUUUUUUUGUUCUUUUUUUGGUUUGGUUUGAGAGGUUUUAUUGAUAUGUAUGUAUAAUUCUGAAGUUUUUUGUAAGAGAUCUCCUUGAGGCAGCUUUCUGUUUAAUAAAGCAGACUGAUUUCUGUCAAAAAUAA